GGCGGACGUUGAUGCACGGGUAUCUUUAGUUAGUUUUCAAUACCGUUUUUCGUCGCUUGAAUUAUCGGUAUGAUUAUCAAGUAUCUAUAAGAGUAACCAGUUUUGGAUAAUGUCUGCCAAUCCACGGCCUCUUCGUCUUCCUCCUAUGCCAAAAGUGGCUGACCUCCUUCGUGUGUAUGGGCUGUCUGCGAAGAAGCAACUUAGCCAAAAUUUCAUUCUUGAUCUGAACAUUACAGAUAAGAUUGCAAAAGUUGCAGAUGUGUUUGAUUGCCAUGUUUGUGAAGUAGGAGCAGGGCCAGGAUCACUUACGAGGUCCUUGCUACAUGCUGGAGCCAAACAUGUUGCUGCUGUGGAAAUUGACAGGAGAUUUCUUCCCUCUUUAGAAAUGCUUGAAAGUGCCAGCAGAGGAAGACUGUCAAUACAUCAUGCAGACAUCAUGAAGUUUUACAUACCAGAUGCUCUACCAAAAGCUGAUGCUGUGCAUUGGCACACAGAUGUUCCAGGUGUUCGUAUGGUGGGAAAUCUUCCAUUCAAUGUAUCUAUUCCUCUUCUUCUGCAAUGGCUUGAAGCAAUUCCACAGAGAGCUGGGCCAUUCACUUUUGGUAGAACACCAAUGGCACUUGUGUUUCAGAAAGAAGUGGCAGAGAAUAUCCAAGCUCCUCCUGGAGAUAAGGAAUGCACACGCCUUUCCAUUAUGACACAGUAUCUGUGUGAAGUCAACAAGAAAUACUUGAUACCGCGCAAAAUAUUUGUACCAGAACCAAAGGUUGAUGCCAUGUUGUUACAUUUUGUACCACGAGUCACACCCCUUAUUGAAGCUCCUUUCGUUGUUGUGGAGCAAGUAGUGAAAGCAAUAUUCUCAGAAAGACGAAAAACCAUCAGAAAUUCGUUACGAACACUGUUCCACACAAAGCCAGAAUUAUCGGACGAGCUGUUAGAGAGGACAGGGGUUGAUCCCACUCUACGGCCUAACCAAGUUAACUUCGAGGAUUAUGAGAAAAUUUGUCGCUCGUUUCUAGAAGUAUCACGUGAACAUGACAUGCCAAUCACGCCUCUUAGAGUACGCAAGCCUGUUGCUGUGGCAACGAGGAAACUCACUGGCGUGGAUACUCACACCAGUUAUCAAAUCACUCAGUAAUAUAGGCCUUACUUCAGCGGAUAAGGAGAAUCGUCAUGGUGUUGUAGUGUGACAGAAUGGCCUUUCGAUCUGUCAUGCCACUCUAGCCAAUAUAAUUUCACGAUCCCGUUCUUAUUUAGGAAACACAGAUACUGUCAAGCUUAAGAUAACAAGCGUAACACGUUCCAUCUCUGGCAUACAAUUUUUAGGCGUGCGAUGAGAUUAUUAUGAUGGUUAUGUCGAGUCGGCAACCGCGGAAAAAAAAUGGAUUGCGUCAUGUAUCACUUUUUAGUUUCUUUGCAAUCACUUUUCAGCGGGCUAUUCGUCGGAGUAACAAUUGGGGUUAAUUCUCAAUUCUACCUUACAGGGAAUGACUAAUUUGCAAUGUAGAGGGUAGAACCAGAGAAAGACAAUUAUAAAUUACAGGUGGCUGUCUGUGUA